CAAAGAAGCCCUUCCCCGCAUCAUUGUUGACAUCCGGCCUUGAGUACACCACUUAACCCAACUUCUUCUCUCGUCCUACUCCCUGACUCCAGCAUCGCGAUACACCCGUCCUACCAACAACAACCUCAUCAUCCACCACCACCACCACCAUGACCGAACAAUACCUCAUCUGCACCGCCUGUGGCACCCAGCACCCCUUUACCGACCGCUCUUCCCUCAAGACCUGCUUCAUCUGCGACGACCCUCGUCAAUUCGUGCCCCCCUCAGGGCAAUCCUUUACUACCCUUUCCGAGUUGCGUUCCUCCACUUCCCCCAGGUACAAGAAUGAGUUUCGCCCAUACAAGUACUCAAGCCCACAUGAGAAGUUCAAGGCCGCAAAGUCAGGGCUGAACUCAAACGAGGAGCCAAAAGAGGCAUCAAUAGACGAGUUACAGCGAACAGAACUCAUCUCCAUCAUAACAACCCCCAAGUUUGGCAUCGGCCAGCGCGCCAUCCUCGUCAGAACCCCCUCGGGGAAGAAUGUACUAUGGGACUGCGUCGCCUAUUUGGACGAUGAGACUGUACAGAAGAUCAAGCAACUGGGAGGCAUCGAUGCAAUGGUGAUCAGCCAUCCGCACUUUUAUACGACGCAUCUGGAGUGGGCAAGGGCUUUUGGUGAUUGUCCUGUCUACCUGGCGGCGGAUGAUAAAAAGUGGAGGGCGAGGCUGGAUGAGGGUGUCCAGAGGGAGAUUACCGAGGAGGAGACGAGGAUUGCGAACAAAGAGGGAGAGGAUCUGGGGGUUGUGGCUGUCAAGUUGGGGGGCCACUUUCCUGGUAGUUUGGUCCUCCACAUCCCUCACUCAGGCCGUCUGCUCACAGCAGAUACAAUCUUCACCACUCCCUCCGGUCUGUCCAACUGGGAGGUGAACGCGCUGGGGGAACCUCGUUCACGACCAAAGGAUACCAAUUCGUAUUCGUUUAUGUGGAGCAUCCCUAACAUGAUUCCUCUCAGCGCGGGUGAGAUCGCGCGCAUGUGGGGGAUCUUGAAGAAGUAUGACUUCAAGAGUACCCAUGGCCUGAUCCUGGGCCAGGACAUUGAGGAUGUUAAUGUCAAGAAGAGGGUAUUGGAGAGUGUUCAGAUCCAGUUAAAAAUGAUGGGGGUUAAGGAGCACACCAUCUUCAGUGAGGAGAUUUGAGCUAGACACAAUUAUCGAGUGAUUAUGUUGCCUUUGUUCAGAGUACAACGUGCCUUUCCUCUCUUACUCGAAGGAAACGACUUUCAAAAUGAGCAA